UGUACCGGAAACUAAGGGGGAUGGGGCGACGGUGACGCGAUUCUGUCCGCGUUGGAGGGGCCGGGCAGCUGCCGGAGUAGCCGCGGCUGCCGCGUGACGUGGCACAGCCGAAGGUUUAACGCCGGAGCCGGAGCUGCCUCGCCAGUCGUCGAGCGGGUCCUAGCCCCCCGAGUUCCUUCCCGGAGCUUCGUCCGACGCCCUACCCAACGAGCCGUCGGUGCCGUCCUCUCUUCCUCAGCUCCUCUCCCCUCCCGCUCAGCUUGCCGGGAGCGUGAAAGGAAAAGGCCCGGGGACGCCCCAGACCCCUUCUGCUCCUGCCCGUCGCGAGUGCCACCACCGCCAUGGGCCUCACCAUCUCCUCCCUCUUCUCCCGCCUCUUUGGCAAGAAGCAGAUGCGCAUUUUGAUGGUUGGAUUGGAUGCUGCUGGCAAGACAACCAUUCUGUACAAACUGAAGUUAGGGGAAAUAGUCACCACCAUUCCUACCAUUGGUUUUAAUGUGGAAACAGUAGAAUAUAAGAACAUUUGUUUCACAGUAUGGGAUGUUGGUGGCCAAGAUAAAAUUAGGCCUCUCUGGAGGCAUUACUUCCAAAAUACGCAGGGUCUUAUUUUUGUGGUAGAUAGCAAUGAUCGUGAAAGAAUUCAAGAAGGAGCAGAAGAGCUGCAGAAAAUGCUUCAGGAAGAUGAAUUGCAAGAUGCAGUGUUGCUGCUUUUUGCAAACAAACAGGAUUUGCCAAAUGCUAUGGCCAUCAGUGAAAUGACAGACAAAUUAGGUCUUCAGUCUCUUCGUAACAGAACAUGGUAUGUUCAAGCCACUUGUGCUACACAAGGAACUGGUCUGUAUGAGGGACUUGACUGGCUGUCAAAUGAGCUUUCAAAACGUUAAAUGAAACUGGAUAUCUAACCAAGGACAUGUUUGAUAGAAUUGGUCUAGGCUUGUUACAACAAAAUUAGUUUGCAUCUUGGUUGUUAAACAAUAUCUGGGACUGGUUUGGGCGGAAUAUUACAGCAUUUAAACUUAUUUUGUUGCCAAUUACUGUUUACCAAGUAUAAUGUUGCUAUUGAACAGUAUGCUUGGUUUUAAAGAAAUUCUUAACUUGGGAAAAAAGUGUCCUCCUUUAAUUUUACUUCCCUCAAGUCUCAAUGCCUGGACAUAGCUAUUGUGACACCUUUAAAUCCGUUUUGAAUGUUUUUUGAGCCCACAAAUAAUGUUUUAAAGUACCCCUUGCUACUUUACUGAUACCUUUAUCAUUCCUGGGACAGUCUGCUGAUUUAAAAAAAAUGUAGCAUUCCAUUUGUAUUUAUUUUUUCCCCUUGCCAAAAAAGAUUUUCUAAUACUGCUUGUACCAGCCAGGGAAAUGCUCCAAAACACUAUCAAGAUCUCUUGCACUGAGGAACUUACUUUUUCCCCCAUCAGUGAAGCCAGGUUUACCUUGGUGUGGUUUGGGUUUGAUAGCGAAGUAGUUCUGUGCUGGUUGCAAAGAGUUAAUAUUGAGGUGAUUUUUAAUACCCAGCAGAUUGUCUUCCUUUAUAUUGUAUCUUUUUUUAUGUUGCAUGUUGCUUUUGGUAUCAGCCUGACUCUUUGCCCCCAGUAUAUGAUAGUUCUGCUGUUUUGUUGUUUAUUGGUGGACAUAUCUUCAUUCAGAGUUUUUGGAAAACUCAUCAAACUCAGUAAGUUUUCUUCAUAACCCAUUUGGAAUUAUUCCUAAUAAAAUGAUAAAAUAUGUAA